AAAAAAUCCGUCUGUGUACUCGCAUUCCUAACUUUCUCCUGAACAUUCAUAGCUGCUUAUAUUCUUCUCCUUCAAGACUUCAUAGCCGCCCCGACCACUAACCCCAAAAACUAGAGUUUCUUGUGGCCUCUCUAAAUCCUUAUCGCCACUAUAUCUACAAGUGUUUUAGUUAUAUAAAUGACGAAAGCUGCAGCUGGAACCACUAACCCCGGCGGUAAGAAUGGAGUCCGUAUCGUGGUGGCUGGAGACCGGGGAACUGGAAAGUCGAGCUUGAUAGUCACCGCCGAUGCUGACACUUUCCCGGCUAAUGUCCCGCCGGUUCUGCCGCCCACGAGGCUGCCUGAGGAUUUCUACCCUGACCGGGUACCCGUUACUAUCAUCGAUACUUCCUCUAGAGUUGAGGAUUCUGGUAAAGUAGCUGAAGAACUAAAGCGAGCUGAUGCAGUUGUUCUUACUUAUGCAUGUGACAAGCCAGAGACUCUUGAUCGAUUGAGUACCUUCUGGCUUCCAGAGCUUCGCCGUUUGGAGGUGAAGGUGCCAGUCAUAGUGGUGGGUUGCAAGCUGGAUUUAAGGGAUGAGAACCAGCAGGUGAGCUUGGAGCAAGUGUCGUCACCAAUAAUGCAACAGUUUUGGGAAAUUGAGACUUGCACCGAGUGUUCAGCAUUUAAACAUACUCAGAUCCCUGAGGUUUUCUACUAUGCCCAAAAAGCAGUGCUUCACCCAACUGGUCCACUAUUCGAUCAGGAAUCACAAACUUUGAAGCCUAGGUGUGAGAGCGCCUUGAAGCGUAUUUUUAUUCUCUGUGAUCAUGACAGGGAUGGUGCCCUCAGUGAUGCAGAAUUAAAUGAUUUUCAGGUCAAAUGCUUCAAUGCUCCAUUACAACCUUCCGAAAUCAUAGGUGUUAAGAGGGUUGUGGAAGAAAAGUUACCUGGUGGAGGAGCCACCGAUAGAGGAGUCAAUGAACGAGGUCUUACUCUCACAGGAUUCUUGUUUCUCCAUGCACUGUUGAUAGAAAAAGGACGUCCUGAGACAACUUGGACUGUCCUCAGAAAAUUCGGAUAUAACAACGAUAUCAAACUUGCUGAUGAGCUAAUUCCAACAUUCGAACGAGCUCCUGAUCAGGAAAUGACAGCUUGACUUGGAAAAUGAUGGUUAAUGACACAACUGAGUCACGAUGGCAGUGCAAGCACCAGCAGCAGCAGCAAUAAUCAAGUUAGCUUUCGUUCCAAUACUUUUGAAACCACUUUUUUCCAGAUAUAGCCUUUUAAAGUAGCUGUACCCAUAGAAGUAGACAAACUGUGAAAUGAAAGACUGCAGAUUUUUGGUCCCUAA